GAUUAAAACUGUUGGAACCAACAGUUGGGAAUAUUCAAUAAUGAAAAAAAAAAACUGUCACAAUACAAGUUCACAUCAUCCGCAAAAUGGUUAUAACCAAACCAAAAGAUUUAGCGAAUGCUAGCCAAGAUGAAGUUAAGACGUUCAUCGAGUCAUUUGAUAAUAUCUACUUCGAUUGUGAUGGUGUGUUGAUGCAUGGUGUUAAUUUGAUACCUGGCGUGUCUGACACGGUCAAAAUUUUACGCGAUUUAAAUAAAAAUAUGAAAAUAAUUACUAACAACACGUUUCGCUCGAGUGCUCAAUGGAACGAGCUGUUAAUGCAGAAUAGGAUGAACUUCUGCUACGAUGAUAUCGUUUCUCCCACCAAAGUUGUGAUUGAUUACUUAAAAAAGUUGAAUUUCAAUAAAAAAAUCUACGUGCUGGGAACGAAGAUAUUCAAGGAAGCGCUCAUCGAGGCCGGCUUUGAUAUUCUGGAAUUCGAUGGAGAAAUGAUCUUUGAUAUCGAUGCAUGUUUGGAUAACAUCACGGACAAUUUGGAUGUCGGUGCGGUUAUAGUGGAAUUCGAUUUCAACCUCAACUACUCUAAGCUACUGAAGGCCACUAUGCUACUCAAUCGACACGAUGUUCACUUCCUGUGCUGCGGCUUGGAUAAGAAGUACUACAUCAAGAACAAGAUGAACGUCUUAGGUUCGUUUUAUUGCAUCAAUGGCUUGGAAACAGUAACUAAUAGAAAACCGUUGGUAUGCGGUAAACCGGGGCCGCUGCUUCAAAGCUUUCUUGCUAGUAACAUUGGAUUCGACCCAGCACGCACUUUGUUUGUCGGAGAUUCUAUGGACAGUGACAUAAAAUUCGCUCAGUUCUGCGGAUUCCAGCAGCUCCUUGUUUUUACUGGCAUCACGAAAACAAGUGAUCUGGAGAAAGGUUUUUACAGCGAGUUGCCUAAAUAUUGCAUGGACUCUUUAGGCCAUUUACACAAACUCAUUGAAAGUAUAAAGUGAGUUUAUUUGAAAACUAUUUAAAUAUUUCAUAUUUGUUAUA